GGGGGGGCGUACUCUUAUGUUUUGCAUGCCUUAGCGGUUAGACCAUUGACCACGCGUCCUCGAGAGGACGGAGCAUUGUUCCCACAGGACCGAUCACCGAUGGUCAAUCGCUCCUUCCUACUUUGCCAAAGACGCAAACCGGUGUAUCAACUCCGUGAGGAGGGGGUUGGUGUUGACUCAUCUUCGACGCAGCAUACCCCCACGUUUCCGCAGCGCUCCCUGCGGGCGGGGCAAGACAUGAAUUCCAAGGCGAGCUUCGAGCGGUGGCUCGGCUCCCAACCCCCCUCGUCCAAAUCUUGGAUCAAGGCCCUAGGUCAGGACUCCCACACGGCCGGUCGAUUGGUGCUGGUGCCGUCCUCCGUCGGCGAUGGCGGUGGGCAGGAGGGGGGGGAGGUUUCCCUCUCGGAGGUGGCGUUUUGCCUCGGGGAAGGGGAUGAUUCCGCGGUGUCCCCGUUCUCCUUGUGUUCGCUCCGUGAGAAGCUUCCCACGGGCACUUACGCCCUGCGCGGAGCGGAUGGGGACGUGGCCGAGCCGGACACUGCGGCUCUCUCUUGGGCGAUCGGGGGAUACUCCUUUGACCGGUUCAAGAGCAAGAAGGGCGACGGGGGCGAGAAGGACAAGGAGAAGGAGGACAGGAAGGUAGUGCUGGCGUGGCCGGCGGGUGCCGACAAGGGCCGGGUUACCGCGGCGGCGGCGUCGACGUUCCUGGUGCGGGACCUGAUCACCACACCCUGCGAGCACAUGGGCCCUCAGCAACUCGAGGCCGUGUUCGCCUCGCUGGCGGAGGAGUUUGGUGGGACCACGAAGGUGGUGCGGGGAGAUGAAUUGCUCGAAGGAGGUGUGACAGUUCAUGCCGUCGGGCGCGCGGCCGGGGUCGGGCGGGAGCCCCGGCUUCUCGACUUGACGUGGGCGCCUGCUGGCUCCGACGCCGAGAGCCUCCCCAAGGUGACCCUCGUGGGCAAGGGUGUCUGCUUCGACACCGGCGGGCUGGACAUCAAGCCGGCCGCCGGCAUGCUCACCAUGAAGAAGGACAUGGGCGGGGGCGCGCAGGUGCUUGGGUUGGCGAGGAUGAUCAUGUCCCAAGGCCUUCCCGUGCGGUUGCGAGUGAUGGUGCCCGCCGUUGAGAACGCCAUCGACGGUGGCGCUUUCCGCCCGGGGGACGUGCUCGUUUCUCGCAGCGGCAAGACGAGCGAGAUCGGGAACACGGACGCUGAGGGCCGGCUGGUGCUUGCGGACGCGCUAGUCGAAGCCUCCUCGGAGAUGCCGGACCUGCUCAUUGACUGCGCCACGCUUACAGGGGCUGCGCGAGUUGCCCUGGGGACGGACGUGCCCGUCGUUUUCUGCAACGACGAGGAGCUGGCGGCCAAGCUGCACACUCUCAGCGGAAGCGUGUCCGAUCAGGUCUGGCGCCUUCCUCUGUGGGAGGGUUACCGAAGCCAGCUCUCGUCCAAGAUCGCCGACCUCAAGAACGUCGGGGCCGGAGGGUACGGAGGAGCGAUCACCGCCGCGCUGUACUUGGACGAGUUUGUGGGCGAAAAGGCUCCCCCCUCCACGGAAGAGGGAGAAGGGCGAAAGAAGGAGAAGCUCCCCUGGAUACACAUGGACUUCAUGGCGUUCAACACCAACUCCAGGCCGGGGAGACCGGAGGGGGGCGAGUCUCAGGGCAUGCGAGCCCUGUACGCGCUUCUCGAGGACAAGUACGGGUCGGCGUGA